AGGCAUGUCAACUGUUCGAGAUGCUAAAUAAUGGCGACCAUAUGCUGCAAAAUUUAUAGAAGUGAUUGCUUUCGCAAAUUUAAAGCAUAUCCAUUCCACAAGAUUCGUUCAAACUUUUCACCGACCAUUCGAUCAUUUGUUCGACCGGUGAACACGCAUCCUGAUAUGGAGGAAUUCCCCGAGCAGAACCGACCUGGUAUUGUUAUAUUUGACAUGGAUUAUACGGUCUGGCCGUACUGGGCAGACGUACAUCUAGAUCCUCCUUUCUCUGUGUCUAAUGGAGUUGUCAAAGAUUCCCGUAACGAAAAAGUUAAGAUCUAUCCGGACAUUCUUAAGAUUCUUAACUUCUGUAAGCACCAUGAUAUCCCCAUGGCAGUGGCUUCUAAAUCACCGGAGACUACCAUGUACAAAGAACUAAUGAAGUUACUGGACAUUCACAAGUACUUUGUUCAGUUUGAGAUUUACCGAAAAAGUAAAGAAAACCACAUGAAGGUAAUUAAUGAACAACAGAACAUCGAAUUUACUGACAUGAUAUUCUUUGACGAUGACUUUCGGAACAUUGAAUCUACUAGACGAAUUGGAGUCACUGCUGUACAUUGCCCACGAUUAGGAGUAACAUGGAAUAUGUUCCUGGAAGCACUUAAGAAGCACAGCGAUUGUAAGCAAACGAAUCCUAAACAACGACAACUUAAAUAAAGACAAGAAAAAUCUAGCAUUGGCUUCCACAGAUAAGAUCUUCAGUUUCAUUUCGAAUAUUUUGGAUUUGUUUAUAAAUUAAUAUGCAUGAGUAAUGAUAUGAUAAAGUUUAUUUUGUUUUGUAUUUCUGUACAUGAAGAAACAACUACGAUUUUUAAUGAGUUUUAUUUUGCUGAUCUGCUUUAAGUUUAUGUCCAGAGAUAAGAGGUCGUUAUUGACAAUUAGCGGCGGUUUGUGGAUGCACCCCGUACCUUUUUCUGACCCUAGUUCGAUAAAAUCUACGUACUACUGUUCCAUUUUACUUUCAAUAUCAUUAACAAUAACUUUAUAAGUUAUCUUUGAUUGCAUCUUGUAACAUAUCUCAGCGAAUUUCUGCUUGCAACUGUUUUAAAUCACGUACAUAAUACAUUGAUAAUGUAACUGCUUACGUGAUUAACCGAAAUCUUAAAAUUACAGAAUCCUGAUUGAAUUUGAAUUUAUUCGGUUUGAACAUUAUUAUUCUUAGAAUGUCAUUUCUUCACUAGGGGUUUAAACUUUAAACAUAAGUGGGCUCUUAAAGAAAUCUGUUAAUAAUAAAUAAUUUAAUUUAAUUUUUGGAAUGUCUCAACGCGAGUAUUAUAUAGGAUCAUAUCAGUUGAAGUUUUUGGGGAAGGGGGGGGGGGGGGGGGGGGUCAAAUGAGCAAAAUUGGCUUGGGCAUUGAUGGGAUUGAUGGACAUUGUCCAAGAAGCCCGACUUUUGGGUUGAGUAAUGGUUGGGGUUAAGGUUACAGUCCCAGAAGUCUACCCUAUUCCUAACCGUAACAAAUUAAAAAUUGCGGGUAUUAGUUUUUCCAUAUUAUAAAAUUUCUAUGUGUAAAAAUUAACCAGUUUAGUCAUCGAACGAGGUUAUAGUACAAU